GUGGACAGGUAGUGGAAUACUUGCUGGGCACAUACCUGUAGAAAAAUCGCAGCAACGUCCGCCGAUGAGGGCAGAAACAUCCUCGCCUGAGGGUCCUACAAGAUGAACUGCUUGGACAACGACAUCAAUCAACACUUCCAGGACGCAAUCGACGUCAUUCGGCAGCAUUCCAACACUUCCUACUAUGACUCAGAGUAUGCAUACUACGAGACUCUGGGUCCUCAGCAGCCGUCUCUGCAGUGCCAGAUAUCCUACUGCCUGGUCACCCCCCACCCUGACAUCCCGGCCCCCAUGUAUGACUGGAAUGACACGACUGUACCCGGGCAGCAGCAGCAGCAGCAGCAGACGUGGUCUCAGGUGAUCCCUGAAGUCUCCUUAGGAGACCCGCUGCAAACUGAACCCGCUCACGUCUCCUCCCACCACCCACCUCAGAGGAAUACCAAAGGUCGCAAGAAGCUCCGCCUUUACGAGUACCUCCACGAGGCUCUCAACGAUCCCGACAUGGGAGACUCCAUCCAGUGGAGCGACAGCGCCAGCGGCACCUUCCACUUUAUCUCCAAGAACAAAGAAAGGCUGGCCAAGUCCUGGGGCCAACGCAAGGGCAACCGCAAGACCAUGACUUACCAGAAGAUGGCGCGGGCCCUGCGCAACUACCGCCACACGGGCGAGAUCAUCAAGGUCCGCCGCAAGCUCACCUACCAGUUCAACCCUAACAUCCUGAACCGGCUGGGCUCGGGACAGGCGCACAGGAACCGGCAGCCGAGCACGGCCGGACGGAGCUACUGUGGCUCAUUGGCGCCGGACUGGCAGAGCUGGUAUGCACAGUACCAGAUGCAGGACUAUGAGCAGACCGCAAGCUUCAACUCACAGUGCUGAAAGCCAACUACAGUAGUAAUACUAUCGGGUUCACUUUUAGAUACUUCCUUAGCUGCUUGGACCUGAUCUAAAAAGGUGCAAGUGCGCUUCCAAGACGAUAAAGGUACACAAGCAGCACCCUUGAAGGAACCACUAGCCAUUGUCCCACUGGAGGGUACAGAAAAGAAUACAAUAAAUCCAUCUGUCAAUCAUACACUUCUCAAUUGUGUUUACUGACUCAUAAAAGUACUUUGUUAAAAGCGUCACUCCCCUAAUAUUUGUUGUAUGUGUCUUGUUUAAACAUAACAAUAAA